AUGAUUGUGUAUGCGAUUGACCCGGACAAAAAGAGUCCCACAAGAUUAACGGAGUUAGUGGCGGAGGCGACGGCAGUCCAGCUUGCGACCGGGUCCGAAUUGAAUAACCAAAUUCAGCUACCCAGAUUGCUUCAUUUCUGUGCCCAACAUCUUCAUCGGCCGCAAUUCAUACCGAGUUGGAAAAGACCAUGCAUGACGCUGAGUGAGGCCGUGCAAUCAUAUCAUAAAUUAAUUAUUACAAUGGCGGGAUCUUUUGCUCAUCGUGUUAAGAUAUAUGAAGAAUCGAUUACACAAGAACAACAACAUCAAUUGGCUGGUGAAGUAACCUUCGGAGAUCAUUACAAUGACGUACCUUACCACCUCUUGCGAAUUGAUGAGGAAAAACUCAAUCGGGAAAAAUUUAAUCGGGAAAAAUUCUGGGAGAGGUUUUUUAGGAAGGAGGAUAGAUCUCUUUGGGUUGGUAGCAUUUACUGGAUUGCUGGUUUUAACCCUUGUAAAAAACGUCCAUCUCCCCAAAUGAUGCGCUGCAAACACACGCGCGCGCGCGCGUUGUCCCAAAUAUUCCCGACGUCUUUUAUGUCGCAAAAGACGUUCAAACUGGAACUAACUUGGUUCAGAAACAGCACUAGCGAUUCUCCCAUUUCAGGAUGA